GUUAUCAGUUAUCACUUUAAGAGUUACGAGUGCACCGACACGAAAUAAUGUUAUUCAUAUUAUUACACUUAAUAACAAGUAACAACAAUAAUCAUCGUUCACCGUCGCGAUUUUCAGUUAUGAUCGGUCCGCCGAAAUAAUAUUAAUAAGACAACCGUAGUUAUUGGUCCAUUGGGCCGACGCGACAAAUAAUAAAAGCUAACAGUUAUUCAUUAGCAGUAGGUAGGCUAAGACUGUCGACUGUCGAGAAUUUUCUUUUUUUUGUUAAUGAUUGUGCGCCCUGACCGUCUCGAUACCGAACGAUCAGACUACUGAUGUCUUGAUGGACAGCAUUUCGUCGCGAGACAGUUGUCGCAGAAAUAAUAAUUAUCAUUGUCUCCUGUCGACGAUCGUUUAAAAUGAUUGGACUGCCGUCACAUUCCACCUAUCUGGACAUUGUAUAGCAUCAAUAAUACAGUUAUUCAUCAUUAAAUUAUUCAAAUGACUAUUAAACCAGUAUGAGAUUAAAUAUAAGAACGCUCUUUUUAGUUCUUUCUACGUUUAUUAUAAUAUGCACAGUGUCAUUAUGGUCCAAUUGCUCAAAUCAAACAUUUGAUACAUUUUCAAAGAAUAUCAAACCUAAUUAUGAAUCAUUAGUUCAAAAUAUAAAGCCAAUAGACUGUCUCAUUAAUGGAAAUAACCUUCAUGUGGAUUGCCUUUUAAAAAAUAGCACAGUUUAUAUUCCAUUUUCAUUUCUAAAAAUUUAUUUUGAGGUUUAUGGAAAAAUUAUUGAAACUGAUGAAAAUAAAAAAAAGUUUCUUUGGUCACAUAGCUAUUCCAAAAUAUAUCAUCAAAAUGGAAAAUAUGACUCUCGGGGUGUGUUUACUAAUUUCCAAAAUUAUAAAGUUGAAGAAAGAGAUCGCGUGAAAUGUGUUAGUGCUUCUGAAGGAGUGCCAGUAUCAACUCAGUGGAAUCCUCAUGGUUAUUAUUAUCCAACACAAAUAGCUCAAUUUGGGUUAUCUCACUAUAGCAAAAAUCUUACUUUACCAUCACCAAAAAUAAGGAUUUUAGAAGAUGGUCAGUUAAAUCCUUUGUGGAAUAUUCCUGAAACUUCAAAAAUACAAAUAGCAUUUAAUGCGCAAGUCAAUAGUAAUGUUAUUGAUUUUUUCAGUACCGAUAAACCAAUUUCAUUGAAAAUUGACAGCAAAGAGGAAUUUUUCAUUAGUUUUGAUGUAGCUUUAUCUUUAUCAACAAGUAGUAGUAUUGUUAUCACUAUAAAAGAUUUAAAGGAACAAAACGAAGUAUGGAAUCUGCAUUAUAUAUGUUCUAAAACAUUUAUAUUUGCAAAGGGUCAUAAUAUUUAUCAUGGAAUGAAUUGUGGUAGAGAGUUUGGUUGGAAAAAAUUGACAAGAAAUAUAUUAAUUGACUUACAAAAGGGUUUACAUGUAUUAAAAAAAACAACAACAAAAAUGUUUCGUUCAAAAUAUAAGUUGUGUGAUUUUAAACUAUAUGGUGUUGGAUUCCUGGACAACCUAACACUUAGUUCUAGUGAUCAUAUUAGUCAAUUUUAUGCUGCUGCACGUUGGUUUAAUAAACAUCAAGAUAAAGAGUCUGGUGGUUGGAUUAAUCCUGUUACUCGUAAAAUAUCUCCUGUUAUAAAACCACUAAAGCCAGGAUGGUUAUCUGCUAUGGGGCAGGGUCAAGCAAUAUCAUUGCUCUCUAGGGCAUUUCACCAUUCUGGUGGCAAUGAAGUGUACUUAAAUACAGCUCACACCGCUUUAAAACCAUUUAAAAUUGCGAGUAAAAAUGGUGGUGUUUUGUCUAAAUUUAUGGAUUUACACCCUUGGUAUGAUGAAUAUCCUACAGUUCCAUCAAUAUUUAUUUUAAAUGGUUUUAUGUAUUCAUUGAUUGGAUUAUAUGAUUUAUUUUCAUUGGCUCCUAAUGGCUCGAAGGUUUCACAAGAAGCUUAUUCAUUAUGGAAACAAGGUAUGACAUCAUUAAAAAAUCUGUUACCGUUAUUUGACAUGGGUUCAAGAUCAGCAUAUGAUCUCAGACAUGUAACACUUGAUAUAGCGCCAAAUAUUGCUCGAUGGGAUUACCACGCUACACAUAUCAACCAACUAUUGUUAUUGUCAACGCUGGACAAUGCAACAGUUAUACAAACUACAGCCAAAAGAUGGAUAGGUUAUAUGAAUGGUGCUCGUGCAUCACAUAAUUAAAUUAUUUACACUAAGAGUAUUGAACAUAAAAUUAGUAAAAUAUAAUUAAGAAAUUGUCGGGAAAAAAGUAUGGCUGUGACAAUUUUUUUUUCCUAAAAAUGUUGCAUUUUUAAUUAAUUUUAUAUUUUUAGGGGAAAUGUGCAUUAAUAUAAUAAAUAAAAAUUUUAGUUUAAAUGAAAAACUGCAAUUUAAACAUUAAAAUCAUGAGUUAACAGGACAUUUAACAUUUAGUUAGUGAAGUGGUUAUUUGUUUUAGAAAUAAAAUCUGUAAUGCUUAACACAAUAUUAUUAAAUUGUAUGGGAUUUGUCACUAAAAAUAUCAAAUAUUCAAUAAUCGAAUAAUAUUCUGAAUCCAAUUUUAUCAU